AUGGACACCCCCUGUGCCCCAGACAUCCGCCGCUACGACCCAGACCUCCCCCUCGACGUCCUCUGCAACGUCGUCGCCCUCGUCCCACCCCCCUUCUACCCCGAGCACCCGCCCCUCGAGCCCUCUCCCAUCCCCCCGAACGAGCUCAUCGCCAACCUCGACCCAUCCCAGCACCCCGCCCAAACAGACGGCCAGUGUAUCUCUGCCCUCACCCGCGCUUCGUCCCGCCUGCUCGAAGCCGCCCGUCCGUGGCUCUGGGAGCACGUCGAUGUCAAAGGCGGCCGGGGCUGGCUCGCCAUUGUCAAUGCGCUGACGGAGGAGAUCAUCGAGCAGGAUGUGGAGCAGCUCACGCCGCUGGGCGGGUCCGUGGGCGGGGGGUCAGAUGGUACAGGCAGUGGCGGGCAGACACCGGUCACGGGGCCUGAAGCACCAAGACACCCUCCUGUCGCUAUCGCAGCUCAGAGCAUGCAGGCGUAUGCGUCGCCACCCGGCUCGUCAAUCAUGCCUUUCCCUGUCAACAGCUUGGCAGGGCCGAUUAUGGCCUCGGGCUUUUCGUCGAGCCCGCCUCAGCCGUCGCAUAUCCACCAGCUGCUCACCCCGCCAACGUCGCGCACGUCGUCCCCUGCCCCGGGGCAGCAGCCAAACAGUCCAGCAGUCUCCGUCUCUGGCUCUGAUCGGGCGGAGCAUAGUCCAAGCCCGGGACCGUCGGGUAUUUCGUCAGCGACGAGGACAAAGCUCCGUGGACGUUCGCGCUCUCCACGGCGAACGGUAGGAUUCCACACGCAAGGUAUCCACGCCGUCCUCGAGCGAAGCCGUUCAGCCUCGGACGGCUCGCAGCGUCCGCCAGGAGGCAUCACGCGCGGGUCUUUGCACCGCCGUACCAGUCUGUCCAGGUCGCGUACGUGGCACGACUCGCCGGGAGAUGAUGCAGACGAAGAAGAGGAUGACGAGAUUAUGCCGCUGGUGACGCCGACAGUCAAGCCCAAGACGGGUGUCAUUACGCCUAGAGUAAAGCCGGAGAACGGGGAGAAUGCGAAUUCAGAGCUGCUGCCGCCCCCGGGGCCGUACAUCAGGCAUCUCAGCUUUACCAACUUUCGGACCAUCGGCGCGAGGAGGAGCCAGGAGGAGGCGGUCAAGUAUAGAUUCGUGACAGCAGGGCGACUCGAGGGUGUCAUCAAGAAUGCGCCAAAUCUGGUGACACUCUGCAUGACAGAGUAUGUCGAUUCAUCUCUAUCCUACCCGGUCCUCGAAGAGAUCUUUUUCCGUGGGUCCCGCAAGCCACGCUACCACUCUCCCACCAUCAACCGCGCCCGUUCCCUCUCUAUCGGCCCCACCCCGUCCGUGGCGUCCACCACACACGACCAGCUCGACCCGCCACGUCCCGAGUAUGUCCCAUACGAAGACGAGACGGAGGACCAAAAGUGGAAACGGCGCGAAAUGUUUACGCCCCUCGAAGCGCUCGACCUGACGGGCUGUGUCAGUGUCAACUUUACGCAGGGGAUGCAAAAGUUUUACGAUACGUGGUUGGCGUUGGAUGACGAGUCGGAUGACGAGGAAGAGGAGCGCGGUAGGGGGAGGUGGAAGGGGAGUAGGAGGGGAAGGCCGGGGCAUUCACCGGAUGCUACAGAGGAUGAGAGCGACCACCACAGUCACUCGGUUUCUCGAGACAGGCAUGGAGAGAGGCACAACUAUAGGCGUCCGCCGAGGUUUAGGCACAUGCGCCGUCUCUGCCUUCGCAUGUGUACAUCCCUCGACUCGCAGAUCGUGGCGUCUCUUGUAUGGUCGUUCCCUUGCUUGACCCACCUCGAUCUGUCCAACACCAAAGUCCCCGACGAGCUGCUCAGUCACCUCACCGACCACUGCCCGCGCUCCUUCCGCCUCACAUCAUUGAGCUUGGCCCGUUGCCCAAAGCUCAACUCGUAUGCGGUCGCAGACUUUUUGUGCAGGUCGCCUGCAGUACGCGACUUGGUCGACUUGAACUUGUACGUCAACCCGACUCAGGGGAAUGCGCUCGAGUCGGAUGCCCUCAUGCGGCUCAUCACCGAGGCGCCUUGUAUGCGUACCGGCAGGCUGAGAUACUUGGACCUUUCCUCGGCCAAGUUUACCCCGGCGCACCUGGCGGCGGACGUAUUCCCAUACCAGACCAGUCUUGUCUCGCUCGGUCUGUCGCACGUACCCACCCUGGCUCUACCUCUCAUCGCCGACUUUUUGCUGAACGUCGCGCCCAAUGUCGAAAUUCUCACCCUCGUUGGCACCGCCACCACGUCCUCCCUCGACCCAUCUCGCUCUUCCCUUCAAAUCACACUCGAGCUCCAUGCCCGGCUCAUCAACCCACUCACCACCCUCCCCUUCUCCCUCGCCAGCUUGUACCUCACCCCAGGCAGCUCGGCGACCGACUACAACCCGGGGCCUACCAGGCUGAGGGUGGUCGAGCUCAUGGGCCCCAUCAGGCGAAGUAUCGCGCCGGACGGCAAGAGAGAGUGGAAGGUGAUCAAGAGUAAAGGCGGGAGGGGCUGGUAUGUCGAUGUCUCGGCAGGCUGGCGGCCUGUACCCCGUAUGCCUGCGUCGCCUACAUCAGAGACGGGCUUUGAGCAAGCCUCAAGCAACGAGACCGAGAUGGAGAUGCAGUUUGUGAGGCACCUGCCCAAGGGUCAAGAGCAUAGGGAUUGGCUCACAAAGCUGAGUGAUGCCACUGGGAGGGUUGGGAGUACGAUCGGGUGGCAUGCGAAAAAGAUGGAGGUUGUCAGAGGGUUUGGGAUGAUGGGGAGGGAGGAGGGGAUGGCGGGAGCUGGAGCAUUUGCAUUCGAAGAGUAG